AUGGUGCUCACGAACUUCACUGGCACCGGCGUCGGCCUCGGUAUGGGCAUGAAGCGAAUCCGCUGGAAGCUGCUUCGACGAACUCCUCAUUUGUUGCAAUUCUCGGCUAAUUGGCCCUUCUUCAUUGUGUGCUACGCUCAGGUUUCGGCGUCGGCUGUGGUUUCGGCGUAGGAUGGGGUUUCGGAGGUCUCUGUUCAUCCCCUUCCUCUAAUCCUUGUUCGUAUAUCAUAUCCUGCUUCCUCGGCUCUGACCACAAUGCUCAACUCUCUCCUGAAGGCUCGCACUCUGAUUUUUGCUUUCUCUUUAUUGAAAAAUAACAAAACUACUUAUCAAGCCUUGUUGUCCUCUCUUGGAGACUAUACCCUAAGAUCACCUCAAGAGAUCUUGUCCGAGUCAUCACCUAAUGCAAAUGAGAUUGUAGGCUCCCUGUAAUUGCUUCUCUUCUCAGUUGGUGUUUAUCGAAUUGCUUAAACAAGGAUCAGAAUGGUGUGGACGAGAGUAGUCCUUUCGUCAGAUCUUAGUAUCUCUGUACUCAGUUACCUGGCUCGUGUGUUUAAGCUCCAGUCCAUAGUCUUCUCUUUUUUUUUUCUUUCAUGUUUGCUAAAUUUUUCAUGGUUUCUCCACAUUUCUCAUGAAAUUGUGAAAAAUAUAUCUGCAUUGUCUCUUGCAAUCCGCUGACGCAGAGUUUCUUGUGCUAACAUAUUUGAAUUUUUCCAUGUUUAAAAAGCUAAUCGAGUUCAACAGGAGGAAAGUAAAGCAUCCAGAUACAGUUGGAAUAAUCUUUCAUUUUUGGCUCUUUCAACAAGGUUGCAUUUCUAUAUGCUGAACAGACCUUUGGAAUCCCUUUUCUUUAGUUUUUUAUCCUUUUCUGGAGACUCUGAAACUCACGAAGGGAAGAGAAAUGGAGGAUAGAACCGAUUCUUAGUGGGCGUUCCAGUCCUUUUAUGCUCUCAACUUGGAUGUAAGCGAGUGGCAACCCGGAAGGGAAAGCUAUAUUAUUGAACUGGUCUUCGAUCCAUUGCUUGUUGAUUCGAGGGGCACAGAAGAGUAAGGUUGACUGGUCCACAAAUCUAUCUUAUCUUACGGACUAUUCUUUGUGAAUUCCUGCGUGGAAGUUUGCAGAACUCCUCCUGUGUUUACUUAGCGAAAAUAGGGUUUUUACUGGGUUUGGUCAAAUGCGAGCAAAUGUAGAUAAUCCUGAGCUAAUUUUUUAUUGCGGUCUCGUUGCUGUGGUGUAAGAUAAUUAUAAUUAUCGCUCAUAGUUCUAUUUAAUUAUUCUAAUAAGUUAUUUCUAACUAUGUGGAAAUAAUUAUGGAUCAUCCUUGGUUAAUUUAGUGAAACUCGGAGUCGGAAUGUUGUGGUAAAGUUGUAUGUGCGCAAUGACUGAAAGAGGAAUCAGGAGACUGUACCGAAACGCUUCCUUUUUUCUUUUUUUCUUUUUUUCUGUCUGUCUUUUCGCUAAUAUCUAGAUUGAGCAUUUCUGCAAUUACUUCCAAUUCAUGUUUCGGGUAUUGAAUUGAAGUACAGGAAACGGUGUGCCUUCUUGUCCCUCCAUGAUCGCCAAUUGCUCUCUUUUUUUUUUUUCCUUUUUUGGGAGUUCCUCUCCAGGGACCUCCAUAACAUCACCUUUAUCCUUAGCUUUUGGUGGAAGGGAUGAUCUUGGGGCUGAGUUUCCCUUCUUUGUGUAGUCUAAGAAUGGGAAUAUAUGGAUUACCUGAAUAGACCUUGGUACCCAGUGUAGUACCCAAGAAUUCAUAAAUUUUCCUUCUUAUGUUUUGUGGAAGAUGUGGUUCUUGCUGCCAGCAGCUGACUGCUCUUCCUCGUGUUCCAGGAAUGCCUCUUCAAACCCUUGGUCUGGGAGCAGGUAUGAUGAAAUCAUGUUUCUUUGAUAAUCCCUCUGCUGUAGAUUUCUUAUAACUCUCUCUCUCUCUCUCUCUCUCUCUCUCUCACUCACUCAUCAACUGAAGGUGGAGGCUGUGGAGUGGGGUUCGGCCUCGGAUGGGGGUUCGGCAAUGCAUUCGGCAGUCAGUACCAGACUUCCAAUGUUAGAUUUCAGGGUAUGGAAUUCAGUAAAAGAGAGACUGAAAGUUCUUCUGAAGAUCCAUCGGACUUCAAGACAUCUUCUGAUGUGGAUCCCAUCUCAAAAUAG